CUGACUUGACGCCAGUGGUAGCGGUGGUGGGAUUCAGUGUAGCAGCAGGGGAAAUCUGGGAUAUCUGGGAAAGGGGAGUCGGUGAACACCCGGACUAAACCGGCAGAAAACCCGACGGAACCUUUCCCGUUACACCGCGGGGUUUCCCGGCGGACACCUCUCCUCUCUUUCCCCGCUGCUGGCUGCGUUUUUUCUCUCAGAUAUCUCCCAGGAUCCGCGCAGGUGACUGAAUUCAUCCACUCUGAGCUGUGUUGGAGCUGGACUGAACUGUGUUUAGCAGACCAAAGUGCAAAGGAACCACAUAUCCUGUUCUGGAGAUGAGUGUUGUGAAAAAUGGACCAGUUGUCAGAUGAGGAGGUGGAGGUCAGGGAGGAAGAGGAGGAGGAGGAGGAGGACAGCGAUAAGGAGGACCAGGAUCUGGAUAAGAUGUUUGGAGCCUGGCUGGGAGAGCUGGACAAACUCACACAGAGUCUAGAUGACGGUCGCCCAGAGCAAUCUCCGCAGCAGAAAGCUCCCCUCAGACAGGAGACCAACAUGGCCAACUUCUCCUACAGAUUCUCCAUCUACAACAUCAAUGAGGCACUGAAUCAGGGGGAGAAUGUGGAUCUGGACGCUCUGAUGGCUGAUCUCUGCUCCAUCGAACAGGAACUCAGCACAAUCAACACAAAACCUAACAGUGCUGGUGGCAUGGCUCGCCUGGGGCUGACUGACACCAAGGUUCGUCAAAAGCCUCCAGCAGGGCGCAGUGGCAGGCAACAGCCAGCAGGCAGCGGUGGUGGUGGUGGUGGUAGUAGCAGCAGCAACAGUGUUAGCGGUGGGGGGGGCAGCAGCGGGGCAAGCAGUAGCAGCAGCAGCACCAGGGCGUCGCCGGCUGGCACUAUCAGAGCUCCCACCGGGCAUCAUGGGAGACCGGCACUGGCCUCUAACUUCAGUCUGGAUGACAUCACCUCCCAGCUGGAGAAGGCGUCUCUCAGUAUGGACGAAGCUGCACGUCAAACGUCCUCCCACUCUCUCAGCUCCGCCUCCACCUAUACAUCAGCCACGAUGCGGCGGCCCGGAUCCUCUCAGCGUCAGCAUCGACGUACAGGAUCAGUUGGCACAGUCAGCGAACAUGAGGUGCACUCAAUUGUCCACUCCUCACGCUCCUCCGUCACCUCUGCAUCGGGGGUCUCUGUUAACUCUGCUUCAUCCAUGGAUUCACUGGACAGUGUUCUCCGCUCCAGUGAAUUGGAUGGUCAGCAGUCCUCAGUUCAAGCUGAAGGAGGAAGCCAAGGUCAUCACAGCACAGAGCACUCCUAUCUGGACAGGGAAACCUCUCUGAUUCUGAGAAACAUAGCAGGAAAACCUACCCACCUGCUGACCAAGGAGGAGCAGGCUGCCAAGCUGAAGGCAGAGAAUAUCCGAGUUGCCCUGGAGAAGAUAAAGGAGGCCCAGGUGAAGAAGUUGGUGAUUCGUGUUCAUUUGUCAGACGAGAGCUCAAAGACCAUGAUGGUGGACGAGAGGCAGACAGUCAGACAGGUUCUGGACAGUCUGCUGGAAAAAUCCCACUGUGGCUACAGUCCAGACUGGUCGCUGGUGGAAACCAUCAAUGAGCUGCAGAUGGAGCGGAUCUUUGAGGAUCAUGAGAACCUGGUGGAGAACCUGCUGAACUGGACCAGAGACAGCCAAAACCGCCUGAUGUUCACAGAACGCAUCGAGAAGUAUGCUUUGUUCAAAAACCCCCAGAACUAUUUGUUGGGGCGGAAGGAGACAUGUGAGAUGGCAGAGAGAAACAAAGAAGCUCUGUUAGAGGAGUGUUUUGGUGGCAGCUCAGUGUCUGUCCCUGAGAUGGAGGGAGUGUUGUGGUUGAAAGAGGAUGGGAAAAAGUCAUGGAAGAAACGCUACUUCUUGCUAAGGGCCUCUGGCAUCUACUACGUCCCAAAGGGCAAGGCUAAGGCAUCCAGAGACCUGGUGUGUUUUCUCCAGUUGGAUCAUGUUAAUGUCUAUCAUGGCCAGGACUACAAGAGCAAGUAUAAGGCUCCUACAGACUACUGUAUGGUGCUGAAGCACCCUCAAAUCCAGAAGAAGUCGCAGUACAUCAAGUACCUCUGCUGUGAUGAUGUCAGAACCCUCCAGCAAUGGAUCAACAGCAUUCGCAUCGCCAAGUAUGGGAAGCAGUUGUACAUCAAUUUCCAGGAGGCAAUGAGAAGGACAGAGGCAGCCUACGAUUGGUCUUCCCUUUCAUCUUCAUCUAUCAAAUCAGGAUCCAGCUCCUCAAGCCUUCCAGAGUCCCAGUCCAACCACUCCAGCCAAUCAGACAGUGGCGUUUCAGAGAUGACAUCAGCGGGCCACACCCGCUCCCAGAGUGUCGUCAGCUCCAUCUUCUCUGAUGCCUGGAGGAGAGGAACGCAAGGAGAGAUGAUGAAGAUCGACCCUAUCAGUAGGCCUAUCCCUGUCCAGAUACCUACCCUCUCCCCUCAGCCCCUCCCUCUCUCUCAGCCUCAGACCCCGCCCUCCCGGACAAGCUACACUGAUGGCCUUGUCCCAUCUGAGGAUUCCUCCCCAUCACCGCCCUCGCCUCCUCCACCACCACCUCCUCCCCCUGUUGCAAGUGUGGCCCAUCAGCCAACACCUACCUCCUCAUAUGUCAAGUACAGCACACUGGCACGCCUGCAGAGCCAGAACCAGUCCAGGACACAGCUGCCAGGAGCCACACCACCUGCCCUUCCCAUCCAGUCCACCAAACCAAACUACAAUACCCUCCCAGCUGCCUACAGCACCUCUCCUCCUUUACCACCAUCUCCUCCCCCUCCUCCUCCACCCACAGCACCAGCUCCAGGCUCAGCCAUGGCUGCAUUGAAAUUUGGUCCACCAAGCCCUUCUGCUCUCCCUCCACCACCACCACUGGAGGACGAGAUGGAGGAGCCCUCCUACCUCCCACCACCUCCACCGGAGAGCCUGGAGGCCAAUGGGUUGCCACCUCCUCCCCCUCCAGAGUCCAUCCCCAACUCCUGCCCUCAACUCUCCAACACUGGCCUCCAGCAGUUCCUGGCACAGAAGUUUCCCAACAUGGUGUACGACUUCAGCCCAGCACUGGACGAUGAUAAUUCUCCUCCUCCCCCACUUCCAGCUGAGCUUUCUCCUCCUGCCUCCCUGCAAGCUCUCCGGCCUCUGUCCCCAAGUGCACCUCCCCCUGCACCACCCAAAACCUUUACUGGUGUUUUUCCCCCUCAAACUGCUCCCAAACCUUCGGGUCCAUCUUCCCUUCCAAUUGCCCUCUCACCUGUGUCACCAACACCACCCCACAGCAGCCAUGGGCCAGUUAGAAAGCAGCAAAGUUUCUCAACAGGACAUUCCCCAAAUCAGCCGCCUCCCACUCUGCCAAAGCAGCACAGCCUCUCCUCCAAAAACCUUGCCCUCUCUCCUUCCUCCUCUUCUUCUGUCUCCAUUGUGGCCGCUACCUCCUCUUUGGUCAAACAGAUUGUCAAUCAGUUCCCAGGAAACGCUGCCCCCUCCUCUCUGCCUGCCUCCAACUCCAUGGAAGGAUCUAAGUUCACUGCACCACAGUCUCCUCCGGCAGUCAAGGCCAAACCAAAGUGGCAGCCAGGAGGCAUUGUGGCUCCACAGUCCCCAGAGUUCCCCCCGCCUCCUCCUGACAGCUCCCUAGGAGAUUUUCCUCCUCCUCCAUCAUCCUCCUCCAAGACAGGCUCCCCUAUAAAGAAGUCGCCUUCCACCUCGUCCACAGGAUCCACUAAGCGAGGGCCUCCACCGACCCCACAGAGAGCUUCCUCCAUCCGAUCUAGUUCAGGUGAGACCCAAGAUGAGAGGCCAAAGAAAGUGGAGAGCCUAGUCAACAAAUUUGGUCAAGCUCCUCAGACGGGUACCUCAUCCAGCUCCUCCUCAGCAACUGGGUCUCCCUCAAAAGAUUCCUCUACACUUCCUACUCCACUCCCUAAGCCAGGGAAGCUGAACUUAGCAAACCUCCCAUUGGCACUCCAGGGGCUGCAAACAGGCCAGCACCAUCAGCCCUCUGACUUCCCAUCCCCUCCUCCCCCACCUCCCCCCUCCCAGCCUCCUCACCUCGAUUCAUCCCCUGACUACUUCCCACCUCCGCCCAGUGACUCUGAACUAUUCCCUCCUCCUCCUCACCCGUCAGAGUUCCAUCACCCCCCUAAGGUCGCUGUGGUGAACCCCCAGCCUCAGAUGCAGCCACAUCAACAGCCGGCAACCUCCUCCUUGACGUCGUCGUCAUGGAAACACAGCUCGCUGAAAAAGGGGGCAGUCCCCCCUCCAACACUGAAUCGGCGAACCAGUAACUCCACCCAGUAUGACAAUACAACUUCAAUGCCCCUCUCUCCGCCUCCACUGUCUCAAACACCACCUCCUUCCUUGUCCUCUUACUCUUCCUCCUCCUCUCCUGCCCCCCCCACCUCCCCAAAAUCAGCAGGGCCGGGCUCCCUGGCACUAAAGCCUCACUUCCUUGAAGACCUUAACCGAACCCUUAAGAGGAAGUCAGUGUCUCGCCAUGGCUCACUCACCUCUUCCCACCUCAUCCCCUCCUCUAAGAUGGAGCCUGUGGGCACCAUGGACGACAUGGCGCUCCUUCCGCCACCCCCUCCGGAGCUCCUGCAGCAGCAGCAGCAGCAGCAGGGGAUCCGAGGACACUCCCACACUUUGUCUCGCCACCACACACACUCUCACUCCACCAAACAUGCCAACAUCUCAGGCUAUGCAACACUGCGGCGAGGCCCACCUCCCGCUCCUCCAAAAAGGGACCAAAGCACCAAACUGACCAGUGAGUGGUAGGAAAUAAGGACAGUGGGUGGAGCCUAAAAAAUUGAACUAUUUAGGUCUCAUCGUUCCUGCAGAGAAGAAAUAAUCAAUGUCUGUCUUGACUUGUCCGUCUCUCCUCAUCCUAAACCAUCCACCCUUGGAUCUCCGAGCAAGUACCAAGCCGUGUUUCCUACUCUUAAUAUCAGAUUAUGAUUGUUCCUAUUAUCCUCAUUAUUACUAUCAUUACCAAUAGAUGUUUAAUCCAAUGACAUGAGUAAAAAUAUAUAUAUGUAUAUAUAUCUGUAUACAAGCAAGCCAGAAAAAUCCCCUAUCAAGCUUUUUUCACAAUGUCUGUGCAGCUUUGCAUUGAAAUAUACAAAAGACAAGACUUGAACGACAAUGGCAACAGAGACACUUUGCUGCAAAAUAACUGGUACUGCAUGGAGCCGUGGCAAUGGAAGUAAAGUUACCGAAGAAUGGAAGGAGGGAUUAAUGGAAGGAUGCGAAAGUGAGAUGGUGUGUAUAGAAAUGUUGGGGGGAGGUGGGGGGAGCAGGGCACUCUUAGAAGGAGCAUUGCCAUUUAUUUCAAACAUUUUUUGUGUGUGUUUUUAUAUAAGAUUAUUUAAUACUGGAAAGAUAUUGUUAUUAUAAUUAUUUUAAGUUUUUAUGAAGUGUCAGAAGAGAAUGAGUUUGACUGGACAUUGGUCUCUAUUCUCAAAAUAUGAUGAAAUAUUGAUGUGGUUGCCAAACUAGCAUACAGCUUGUUGCACAGAGUUUAUAUUUACAUAAUUUGAUCUAAGCAUAUUUCUUGCUGAUUGGUUGGUGACUCCUAAGAGAGAAGACUUGAUGCUUAAAUGCACACUGAUUUAACAGAUACUUUUUGUAAGUCAGCUAAAAGGAAACAGAACCUCCGCUAGUGUGAGCUCAGCCUCAGCACAUAAGUCAGCAAAUUCAAACAAAUUUCUACCAUUUCAUCACCGACUUGAUUAACAGACUGUUCCAUUAAUUUAUCAGUAAGUCAGUCAACUUUGCAAUUAAUGCUUGAUAGCUUGCAGACCAAGCAGCUAGUUGGCCAUAAUGAACUCUGUCUGAAAGAAGGUUAUCAUCAGUUUGCUAGUUAAUAAAUCAAUCACUUGUUUGUCAUCUUAAUGAGUGGUCAGUCACUUUGCUUGUUAGUUAUAAAAGGUGAGUCCACUUAACACCUUUAGUGACCAGAGUAGCCCUAGGGAACAAGUGCCUGAAACACAAAAACACUCAACCUGCACACAUUUGUGUGGUAACAUUAUAUCCAGCAACUUUACCGCCAAUGAUGCCACUCGUGAGGUUUUGAAAUUUUGAAGCCUGGCACUGAGGUUUACCAUUCACACACUGCCAUCUUGGUCAGGUACUGAUAAAAAAAAAAGACCUUAAUUUAGAGCAAACCUAGGAAGAGCUGAUGUUGGACAAUGAGCAGCAGUUAACAUGGGUGAGAGCAAUAGGCUUAGACAUCAUGUCAGUCAAAAGAAAAUACCCCUCUUCAUCACGACAGCUCAUAUCAGAACAGGUUGAGGUACAAUUUUUAACCAACACUGCCUCUCUAGCACCCCUCAGGCACUAUGGCAGACUACAGUGCCCAUGCCCAGAGGCCUCCUAUUAAAUUCUUUACAUUUGCAACUAGGGCUGCAACUAACAAUUAUUUUCAUCAUCAAUUAAUCUACAGAUUAUUCUAUCUAUCUAUCAAUCAUGCAUUUUGUCUAUAAAAUGUCUAUGAAAAAACUAUGAAACUAGGCACAAUUUCCCACAGCCCACCAUCACACCUUCAGGUGUCAUUUUGUUUGACCAGUAGUCCAAAAAUAAUUAAUUUACAUGUUUUAGAAUUACUGCAGCUAUUUUUUUCCAAGCAAAAAUUCACUGGUUAUAACAUUAUAGUAUCUCUAAUGUUUACUUUUUGUUUGUUUGUUGUUUUUUUGUUUUGUUUAGUUUUUUAUCAACCUUUGGAUUUUAGACUCUUGAUUGGACAAAAUAAUUUUUAUCAUUAUUUUUUAAAUAUGCCCAUUCAGAUUUUUUUUCACCAUUUUCUUACAUUACUGACAUUACACUAAAGUGCUUCAAGAUUCCCACACACAAAAAAUAAAUGAAUAAAUAAAUAUUUUUUAAAAAUAGUGCCAGGAGGCAGUUGCAAGCACUCCAAAAGCAGUGGCUCUUGCUUGAUGGAUACAACCUGAGUCACUUUGGGAAUGAGCUAGUUAGCUAGUACAUCAGUAAAUAAUUUCAGAUGCCUGAGUCUGUUUUUUGCAACAUGUUUGAAAAAUGUUGUCUUAGUCAAAAAAGUAGUCACAUUAAUCAGUUUAUCUCAGUUUAUAUAGCCAUUCAGAUCCCAGUCAGUUUAGUAGUCUUCUUCUCUAACCAAGUAUACUUCCACAAUCUUAUGCAGAAACAUGGUCUGAAAUAACUGUGUCUAGAUCAGCUGAUAAAGGCUCUAUCAUUUCCUUGUCAGUUUUUUUUACAUUUUAUGUGCAGCUGAACCUAGAUCUGUCACCUUUUUUUUCUUCCCUUGCAGUCACUAGCUUCAAAAUUGUCUGCAUAACACAUCACCACCACCACUGCAACAGCACAUAUGCCAAAAAUGUAAUAUUGCUGCCCUGUUUUUUGGGUUUUUUUUUUUAAAUGUGCAAUCAGUUCCGUUUUUGAAGUACUUAAUUUUAAUGUGUAAUUCUGAUAAAAUUAUUUCAAUUUGUUUUUACAUCAAACUUGUCUGUUUUAUGAUAUUGUUGGAAGGGAGAAUUCAUCCAAGAGAAGUACUUCCUAUGCUCACUGCCCUGCAGGAAAAUAAUCACAAGGCCUACAUCAUGGUGUAUUUCAGUGACACUCACGAACAACAUACAGUUUAAAACUGAUCAAUGUCAAUGAAAUGUCUUUUGCUCAAGGACACCCAGCGGAGCACAUGUCUGUUAUUGGUGUCAAACCUGCUGUUGCAUUUAAAAUAAAUGAGGAAAAUGAGUCAAACUGAAGUUCAGAUUCUAGAGUUUUUACACAAGUCAAAUUUAUUCUCAGGCCUUGAAAAUUGGGGGAUCUGAGUGAAGUUUGGAGGAUGGAUAUUCAGGUAUGUUUGAGUCAUUGUGAACUGUUUUUAAACUUUAUGUUAUGUCUGAUGUUUCAUGCAGUGGCACUACCUAGCCCCCUGACAGCAUACUUUACAUCAUGUUAAACCAAAAAUAUCACACUAGUCAACACUCUCAGUGAAUCUGAAAGUAUUACUACCUCAAAAUAUUUUUUUUUUUGAGGUAGCGUCUUAAACAAAUUGGAGUUGUCUAUGAUGUGUGUGGCUUUCAAGUAGUUUAAAGUGUGGGAAAAUUGUCACAACUGACAGCAAAGGUGGAAAAUGGGCUCCACCUACUUUUAAAACUCUACAUUACAACUUGUGAACUCUGAAGAGAGAGAAACUCCGAAAAAUAAAAAGGUCAGAAAACUCUGACCUUAUCAUUUUUCGGAAAAUUGGUUUCCAUCCCUCACAUAAAGAUUUGUGUGAGGCACCAGAUAAACAGGAGUAUCUCCUGUUGUCUUGCCCAGAUGCUUAUGAGAAAUAAAAUGUUCAAACCAAGACCAAUGUUUAACACAGCAGAGUGUUUUUACAAAUCAAGUACAGAGGCAGCAGCGCCCUCUGCUGAUGAAAGACAGGGACUGAAAAGCUUACGGCACCUGGUAUUCCCGGGUGGUCUCCCAUCCAAGUACUAACCUGGCCUGACCUUAGCUACCGAGAUCAGGCGGGCUUUUUUUUUUUUUUUUAAGUUAUCAAGAAUACAAGAGUAAUGAUCAAUUUACAGUAUUUACAAGCAAUCACAUGCAAAACCACACACAAAAAAGGAAGUUUGAUAACUUACACAUCAAAACCCAGAAAACAUAACUAUAUAGACAGGCCUCACAUCUUCCAAAACAAAAACAAACCCAUUUAAAGUCAAGAGCUAAAAUUAAACCCACCCUUAUCAUCAACACAAAUAAGCCCACACCCAUCAACAAAAAACUUUUCCUUACUUACAAAAACUAUCCUUACUCAAAUAUUUAAACAUUAAAUAAACAUCCCUCCUCAGCAACAACUCAAACAACACACACACAUCCACCCUCUUCAAAACAGGUUUCUUCUUGGCCAUAUUGCAUACCUGGCAUGACUAAAAACAAAACAGAUCAAAUAAUAUUUACAUCCUUCCUUUCUCCUCACAUACCAAAAAAUAACAUUUUUUUCCAGUCUCUUCCAGUAAAAUCUAUCUUCCAAGAUUCUCCUGAAUUGUACAGUCUCCCCUUCAGUCACAUUUACCCAGCUCCUGGGCAGACUUUUUUGAUAUUUUCAAAAGCAUUUUCAACUGUGAUCCUAUCUACCUUGUCAUGCACUCACCACACUAUCAUAAAUAGCCCUGGCUGGUAGAAAACCAGGUACAUAUUCAUAAACUAUAUCCUUAAUCUCUCUUAUUCCAGCUAAUAUGAACAAUCUGUUAUAGAGCAUCUUCCCAUUCCCUUUUAUCUGUGGGUUCAGAAAUGGUGGUUGGUUCAGUUCCGUUUUUUUUUUUCAUUCGUUCAUAUUUUAUGAUAAAUCAAUAACAAUAUCAAUAUCAAUAAAGUCUACCCAGGCACUAAAUACCUCUUGAUAUAAAACUGGUAUCUUUUCCACCAUGUUUUUCUUCAUCCCCAUAAACAAACAAUUUUCCCCACAUACCUCACUUUUAUACAAAAAAUCUUUUUUUUUUAAAACUGUCUCAUUUUCCAAAAAUGUAAUGCUUGUUUUAUUUUAUUUAGAAUACCUGAUGAGGUAGCAUCUAUAGCUUCUUUAGCUUUCACUCCAAUAUGCACCCCAGAUUUUAAUGAAAUCUGUGCUGUGUCUAUGUCCUCCACACACAUCAGCUCUGUUUUUUCAAUGUUUACUUUAGCUCCAGAUGCUUUUCUAUAUAUUUCAAUGUUUCAUGAUUCUUUUGAUCCUGUCCAUGUUUCUUACUGUGAAAGUUGUGUCAUCUGCAAACUGAUGAAUCACACUAUUUACACCUUUUGAAAUUUGAAAGCUUAUUAUUUCAUAAUUGUUUUUUUACUAGUGCUGCAAGCGGCUCAACUGAUAUUGAAUAAAGUAAAGCAGACAGAGGA